AUGGCUCCUAGCAUUUUGACCUUCCUCUCCCUUUCCACUAUCGCCUGUCUUACACUGGCGAGUGGUGUCGGCGCCCACAACACCAUCUCUCGCGAUGUAAUCAUCCUUGGUGGUGGGAGUUCGGGGACGUAUGCCGCAAUUCGUCUCAGGGAUCAAGGCAAGACUGUCACUGUUGUCGAACGUAAUGACUAUCUCGGCGGUCACGGCGAAACAUACUAUACCGCAGACAACACGCCUCUGAACUUUGGUGUGGAGGGAUUCUUCAACACUAGCGUGACUCGGAACUAUCUCGAGCGACUUCAGGUGCCCUAUGGGCGACGCAACCCUGCUCCCGCGCGCGAGGACUACGUGGACCUCAACACGGGGAAAAGAAUAGAAUACCCUCCAGGCCAGCUUCAAGACAGGGAAGCAUUCGCCAAAUGGGUCGAUGCCAUUUCUCAGUUCGGCUUCUUGGAUGACGGUGCUUACCGAAUCCCAGAGCCUGUGCCAGAGGAUCUCAUUAGUCCUUUCGCCGAAUUCGUGAAGAAGUAUGACCUUGAAGAUUCCGUUUACGCUCUCUUCUCCCACACAUCCGGCGACGUUCUCGACAUGAUUACCCUUUACGUCAUCCAGUACAUCGGUCUACCCCAUGCCGCUGCCUUGAAUGAGGGCUAUGUCCGGCCUAUAGAGGGAAUUGCCGCUCUGUAUACGGCUGCUGGUAAGGAGCUCGGCAGCGACGUCCUCUUGGAAACGACACCCGAGUCUGUACAGCGCUCUGAGGAUGGCGUAGAAGUCAUCGUGCGCAGUGCCGAUGGAACCAAGACUCUCCUUCAAGGAAAGCAACUGCUGGUCACCAUUCCGCCCUUGCUGGACAACCUCCACGGCUUUCCGCUCAGUGAGCAAGAAUCCUACCUUUUCUCAAAGUGGCAAUAUCACCAGUACUGGGCUACACUUGUCAACAACACCGGUCUCCCUGACGAUGUGAAUAUCAUAAAUGUCGACGCAGACCGCCCAUAUGGCGUGCCCGAGGAACCAUUUAUUUGGCGCGUGGAUAACCAUUGGGCCCCUGGCUAUCACAACGUCAAGCUGGUCGGCGGAUCUAACUUUGGAAAGGACGAAGCCAAGGCGUACAUGGAUGAGAAGCUUCAACUGCUCCGUAAUGAAGGAACAUACUCCACCCAUGAGUAUGAUGUUGUCAAGUUUGCGAGCCACACUCCGGUUACCAUGUUCGUUUCAGCGGAGGAAAUUCGUGGAGGGUUCUAUCGACAGCUCUAUGAGCUCCAGGGGUUGAACAGCACAUUCUGGACGGGCGCUACUUGGGCUUCGGACUACUCGACCUUGCUUUGGGGGUAUACCAAUCAGGUUCUCGAUCAGAUGGAUUCUAACUAG